AUGACCAACAGUCAUGAGUUGCUUAAAUUCAUUGUUAACACAAAUAUAAGCAAGGAUAAAGUCCCAGAGUCUUUUGUAGGGGAGCUCACCCAACAAUCAUCAAAAGCCUUGGGGAAACCAGCACAGUACAUAGCUGUGCACAUCAUACCUGACCAGAUGAUGUCCUUUGGGGGCUCCACUGAUCCCUGCGCGCUCUGCAGCCUCUACAGCAUCGGCAAAAUAGGAGGGCAGCAGAACAAGACUUACACCAAGAUGCUGUGUGAUCUGAUCUCAAAGCACUUGCACGUAUCUGCAGACAGGGUCUACAUCAACUACUUCGACAUGAAUGCUGCCAACGUGGGCUGGAACGGCUCCACCUUUGCGUAGAGCUCUGCUGUCUGUCUGAAGAGGCUGUUCCUGGACCUCCCCUCACCCUGCCCUGUAGCAGAGACCACGGCACAAAUGGCCCCGUGUUGCACUCUGAGCACUCUCACAGAUUGAUGGCUCCUUGCUAGUGUGUUUAAAUAUUGCUGCUUCAACAUUCCUCUGUUUUCUCUGUGUAGAAAACAAAUAAAGAUUUAGAAGUAA